AUAUGGCAACCAAGUAUGGCUUCUGCCAUGUGGGGCUGGGUCAGCUGCUGCGGCAAGAGGCUCAAAGGGGCACCCAGAGGGGCCGGCAGAUCCGCGACAUCAUGCUUCAGGGGCUCCUGGUGCCCACGGGCAUCAUCCUGGACAUAGUCAGUGACAACAUGUUGUCCCGCCCGGACAGCCGGGGCUUCCUCAUCGACGGCUUCCCCCGGGAGCUGAAGCAAGCCAAGGAGUUCGAGCGCAUUGUGGGCCGGGCCCCCAACGUCGUCAUCGUGUUUGACUGUUCCAUGGAGACGAUGGUCCAGCGAGUGCUGCACCGGGGCCUGGUGGAGCACCGGGCUGAUGACUCGGAGUUGACCAUCCGCCAGCGCCUGGAGACACACUUCACCUCAUGUGAGCCUGUCCUGACCUUCUACCAGCAGAAGAACCUGCUCCGAAACAUCCUGGCAGAAGAAGCGCCAGAGAACAUUUUCGCCAAGUGCUGCUCUGUCAUUGAAAGUCUGCAGUGAGAUGGGAGGGGCUGGGGGCUUGGCCUUGCCCUAGAACUGUACAGCUCUCAGGAGGGAGUGUGCGCCUGUGAGGGGGGAGACCUCAGCAAGGCGGGACGAUGUCCGUGACCUCACAGCAGCGGCUUCCCCACCAGGUGGGUUGACCAAGGGCUACCAGCAAACAUACCUGCC